AUGGGAAAUACAAUUCAUAAAAGUGUAUCAACAAGUGAAAAUAAUUAUCCAACACCAGAAAUUGCUACUCUUUCAGAAACAGAUGUAGAAAAUAUUCAAAGGACAUGGAAAAUUCCCGCUGCUGCUCCACACGAUUCAGCAACCUUAAUUUUCUACACAUUCCUUGAAAAAUUUCCUCACAAUCAACAGAAAUUUCCAGCAUUUAAAGACAAACCAUUAGCGGAGCUUAAAGAUACUGUCGAGUUUCGUGCACAUUCAUCGAGAAUCUUUAAUGUGUUCAGUAGUGUCGUUGAUGGUCUUGAUAAGGAUACUGAAAUGAUGAAAGGCAUAAAGAAAAUUGUAGCGGAUGUUGGAAAAUUUCAUGCAAAAAAGAAGGUGACAAAGAAGUCUCACAUUGAGGUACGAGAAGUCAUUGUUGAAGUUCUAUGCGCAGCUUGUAAACUCAACGAUGAAGAAAAAGAAUCGUGGACAAAGUUGCUUGACAUAUUCUUCCACGUGAUGUUUGAAUGUAUCGAUGGAAGGUCUGAGCAAUUUUUGUAA